UUUAUUGCAUAUAAGAAACAAUUACAAUGUGUUGUAACCCUUUUUUUGACGUCGGAUGCGGCCACGCUGUAGCUAGUGGCAUAUACCAAGCACAAAGACUGGCGUUAUGCUGUGCGGCAGCAGCGAUUGCGGCGUGUCUUUUAGUCACACUAUUAAUCAUUGGGGGCGUAGGCGUAGGUGUUGGCUACCAUUACUGUGUCGUCGAGUCCAAAACCUAUGAAUUAGAUCUGCAAACUUUCAGAAAAAAAUAUACGCAACCUAGUGUAUGUUCAGAGGCAGACUGGUGGAAGAUCGAAGUACAGAAGACAAUGACCCACAAGAACAAUUAGCUCAAAAGGUCGAAAGGCCUAAAAGAAAGAAGAAUCCACGCGAAGAAUAUAAACGGACAACUUGGCUUUAUAAGGAUAAUGCUGGUGUCAGCUUGUACACUCAAAAACAAAAACAGCCGAAUCUCUAUGGAAAUCAACACUUGAGCAAAACGCAGUUUAAGCAUCAACGUCUUUAUUCCGAAAAACUUAGCAAUAAAUAUAACGAACUGCAAAAAUCGAAGUCAUUGCUUUUAUCUAAACUUGGACUAAACAGUUACUUAUUAAACUAAAGACAGUGAGAAUAAAUACGCCACUUGAACAAGGAGCAAUGCUUCAUGUAAAUGUGUAUAGAACAUAACGAUGAACAGCUGUAUUUAAGUGUUAGACUUAUGAUUUUAAUUUAAUUAAUUGCGGUGGUAGCCUAGUGAGAGAGCGGUUGCUUCACAGUUGGCAGGUCUACGGUUCCUUCACAGUUGACAGGUCUACGGUUCCAAUCCCUGUGGCGGCAUGUAACAAUGAUUAACUGGCGGUGCGCGACUUGAAUGUUACUAAUACUAAUAAUUCGAAUGGGCAAAUCAUUCGUCUUCGUCGAAACCAAGCAUAAUCAUUUGACUCGAGUCGACUGAUUACCGAUAACGAAUGCCCCUGACAUUCGGUCGGGUGUACGAGUCGAAUGACUAUUAUAUUGGAACUACUCGAAACUCCGCCAUGUCCAUAUCAAAAUUUCCCUGUCCCCGUCACGUUUACAUUAUUAACUAUAGGUCACAGAGGGCUGGGUGAUCACGAACCUAUGGAUAAGUAAUACUAAUUAGUAAUGAAUGAUCAUUCAGAUAAUUCAAAAACGAAAAUUACUUAGUAGGUUACUGAUUUGUCAUUCGAAUGACAGGAUUAGUAAUAAGUAAAGAGGCGAAUAUCGAAAUCAUUCGCAAUUACGCAUCGCUAUAACUAACUGACAAGUUACGUACAUUUAGAAGCAAUAGCUCUCGCUGACAGUGAACGAGAACAUCGUGAUGAAACCUGUAUACCUAAGAAGGUCACAACCCCUGGAAAAUGUGCGCAAAACCCAAUCCAUAUAGGGCCAGAGCUACGCACUCUCCUCGGAGGAGGCCCUUGCUCAGAAGUGGGACGUAUAAUGGGUUGAUGAUCACUUUUAAUUACGGAGUGCAACACGAGUUAGAUUACCCGUAGUCUUACUGAUAGAGCCACGGACACGAAAGUGAUGCCUGUGGUACUACUAGCAGAACUACGAUCAAUGUUACUUGCCCGUUGUCCUACUGGUAGAACCACGAACAAAAAGAUUGCCAUUGUUAGUACCAGUAGAACAACACGGUAGGAUCACGGGCUGCUCGAUAAAAGCAUUAUUUUAUAACACUCUUGGUACAAUAAGGCCAAAUUUGCAAAAUGACAACUUUUCAGGGACGAGAUUUAAACGCUCUACGAACGAAGUUAGUCGGUAACUUUUUUAUGCUAAAAAGAACAAAGGAGAGUUUUAUAACCCCAGUUUAUAUUAUUUUUAUGACUCAUCGUAUGGUCAUAUGUGGCUUUAUUAAACUGUGAGUACGAAUUCGAGCGAUCUUGCAUCACUUGGUAGUGACCGGACGAACAAGUCGUGCAGACCUUUAAGAAUUAAAGUGCAAGGUGACUCGACUUACAUGUCCGGUAGUGUAGCAACUUAUAAAAUUGAUAUAAAAGUUCUUAGUGUUACUUUUAAAGUAUUCUUCUCUCUUUCUCGUCUUUUUUGAGUCUCUAAUCCACUGCACAGUGUAAACCACAGAAUACACAAAACAAACCAA